GCGAGCCUAGACUGGGUGGCAAAAGCGAGCCAUUUUUUGCCAAGUGGCAAGGACAAACCCCUUUUGUCAAGUGGCAAUGGCCAAGUGAACAUGUCGAAUGAAUUGAAGAAGUCUCCCUGCCUUUGCUUAGUGUACCUUUUUAUCGACUGGCAUGAAGGAGCCACUUUUGCUUUUGGAUCGAGGACUUUGCGAGUGGUGAGGAGUUCCACUUUUGUCAAGUGGCGUGAA